AAGGAUUGGCACACACCGAAGGAUUGCAAAUCCUUUGGCUGCUAAACAAGGAAGAACAGCUAUGCUCUUUAUCUCUUCUACCACACUCCUUCCCAAGCCUCCCCUUCCUCAUAGAACUCUUUCCCUUUUUCAUACACCCAGGCCUUGUGCAAGGUUACUCUAUGGUUCAUAUACCAAUGGCGCAGUACGUGUUAACAGAGAACAGAAUAGUCCUGUAUUGCAUUAUGAGGAGAAUUUGAGGAGGAGAUUUCUUCUAUUUUUCCUACUUGCUUCAGGCAUAUCCCCAGCUUUCCCAUGUUUUGGGAAGAGUAAGAACAAAAACCCAUACAACGAAAAACGCUUACUUGAACAAAACAAACGAAUACAGACAGAAAACAAUGCCCCUGAAGAAUUUCCAAACUUUGUACGAGAAGGGUUCACAGUGAAAGUAUUGACAUCGAAUAACUAUGUAACGCGCGACUCAGGUUUGAUAUUUUGGGACAUCGUUGUUGGCAAAGGUGAUUGUCCAAAGGCUGGUCAGCAGGUGACUUUUCAUUAUGUUGGUUAUAACGAGUCUGGACGCCGUAUUGACAGUACAUACUUACGAGGUGCUCCCGCAAGAGUGCGAAUGGGCACUAAUGGCUUGGUCCCAGGUUUUGAAGAGGGACUUGAGGAAAUGAGACCCGGGGGAAAGAGGAGAAUUAUCAUACCUCCAGAGCUUGGGCCACCGGUAGGACCUUCAACAUUCUUCAGCUCCAAACAGUUUGAAGUUUUCGACGUGGAAUUGCUUAGUGUUCAAGACUGUACCCGCAGGACCAUAGGAUUCUACUCUGAUAUUGUCUGCAAUUGAUGUACCAUUAAUGAGAUAUUAAGCUGUCUGUAGUUGAAGCAAUCCUUCAUCUUCGUCGCGGCGAGGAGCAUAAGAUUUAAAUCUUUUUUUCCCUAGUUCUGAGUAGCAUUGAGUACACACAAGCAUUUCAAGGAAAAAAAAUGCAGACCAAAUGAUGUGUUGUUCAAUACUAAUAGAGGACUGUGAUCCUAACAUGUACCAUU